AUGGCUAAAGCCAAAGCAAAGGGCAAGAAAGAUUCUGCUGGUGGUGCGCACAGCCACAUUCGCGCACGGAUCGAUUAUCUCUACAACGCGGCCACCUUUCUACAAACAAUAGGGAAACCAUCCCCGCAAAAGCUGUCCGCCAGUCAACAAAACGAUCAAAUGGAUGAAGCAGAAGAUGGCGCCAAAUUGCAAGGAACGGAGCGCAUAGUACCGCAGAUGGUGGAACCUGAUGUUUCACCGGCAAAUGAGCCGACUAGUCCAUCGACGACACAGCGACUGCCUCAACUCUCUCGAGUCUAUAUGUCGCAAAUGCGCGGUGUCUCUCUCAAGUCACAGCUCCGACUACCCAUCGACGUCAAGAGGUCUUUCUGCAAGCGCUGCGACACGUUUCUGAUUCCUGGAGUAACCUGCACGCAGGACAUCAGAAACGCCAGCCGCGGCUGCAAGAAGCCAUGGGCGGAUGUUCUAGUUGUCUGUUGUUCUACGUGUGGGACGGAAAAGCGCUUCCCUCAAACGGACAAGCGGAGCAAGAAGUUGUCUGAGCGGCGGAAAGAAGCGCCCAAGGAGGAGCAAAAGGAUGAAGUGAUGGCGGUCUUUGGGACCGGAAACGAUAUCCACCGGUAUGAGGGGGCGAGGGCGAAGAGGCUUCUACGCAGCAAAACAACCUCCGUGUACCCUGGUGUAAACAUGUAUGGCACCACAAGUCGGGAGAUGGAUGAGCACUGGGCGCGCGCCACACGCAGCAGGUUCGAUAGUAUCUGGCGCAGGAGAUGAAAUGUCCGCCACAUAUCGACAAGGCCUUGGAGGCGCAGAAAUGCAUUGAGAAAUUCAACGAAAGAAGGACAAUAUAUUUACAUACAACACUUGCCGCUGAAGCUUCCACAUCCGGGUAUCCUCCUGGGCAUAUCAGGCGGUGACUGAUCAAAAGGGAAC